AUGUCCGACUAUCACGUCUUCCCUAUGCAAUACGAACCCAUCGAAGGAGAAAACCUCAGAGUCAAGGUGGAUAUCGACCAUUCAACCUUUUCCGUCUACCUCAAGAAGUUGGACAUCACCCAGAUGUCCUUACACAAGUGUGUGGACUUUGCAAAGACUCUCCUCGACGAUGUGACUCUCAAAGUUGGCCAGAACAAUGACGAGCUCCUCGGUAGAGCCCUCAACAAGUUUUGGUCAAAGGCUCUCCCUUCUCUCGAACGACAAGUUUGGGAAGCGCUCCCAAACUACAUGGACAUGGAUGAGGAAUCCGUUGAGAACUGGAAAAACAAAGUCCGCAACUGGAUCCUGACCAAAUGUACUGAAGAAGACGCGGCUGUACCUGGAGAAAGCCAAGAUCGGCGACAAUCAUGA